AUGAAUCGUCGAACGUCAUCUAGCUCAACUAUAACUACAACGCAAGCACGCCGCCGACCUUCAGUAUCCUCGAGAUUCUCCUUCGCCGUAUCCAAUGCCGAGCGGGGCGAGGCGCAGGAUGCGCCGGCUGUCGCUGCGGAGCAGCAGAUUGAGGAGGAGAUCGCAGAGAUUAAGAGAUACGAGGACUUUACCACAAUAGACUGGGUGCAAGAUGCUGCUCGGGAGAACCUGCGGCGCAAGGCGCGUCGUAAGAGGAAUGCUGGACUUAGAGACAAUGGCCAGGUCGGCUGGAGAUACAGAGUCUGGGAGGCAUAUGAGGCUGCUCAAGGCUGGAUAGUUGUCACCAUCAUCGGUGCUGCUAUUGGUCUCAACGCCGCUUUUCUGAACAUAAUAACAGAGUGGCUUUCAGACAUCAAGCUCGGUUACUGCACAACCGCUUUCUACCUCAACGAGAGCUUCUGCUGCUGGGGAGAAGAUAAUGGCUGCAAGGACUGGCACCGCUGGACCGGUCUCGAGCCCGUGAACUACCUACUCUACAUCAUAUUUGCUACAAUCUUCGCAUUCACAUCAGCCACGCUUGUCAAGUGUUUCGCUCCGUAUGCCGCUGGGUCUGGUAUAUCCGAAAUCAAAUGCAUCAUCGCGGGAUUUGUCAUGAAAGGAUUCCUCGGGUUUUGGACUCUUAUUAUCAAGUCUGUUGCGCUACCACUUGCUAUCGCGUCAGGUCUAUCUGUUGGAAAAGAGGGGCCGAGCGUUCAUUAUGCCGUCUGCACCGGGAAUGUCAUUUCGAGGUUGUUUGACAAAUAUAAGCGCAAUGCUUCCAAGACGCGGGAGAUAUUGAGCGCCUGUGCUGCUGCUGGUGUCGCAGUCGCCUUCGGUAGCCCUAUCGGUGGUGUCUUGUUUUCGCUCGAGGAAAUGUCGAAUUACUUCCCCUUGAAGACAAUGUGGCGGAGCUAUUUCUGUGCCUUAGUCGCAACAGCCGUAUUAUCUGCCAUGAACCCUUUCAGGACCGGACAGUUGGUCAUGUUUCAGGUCUCAUAUGAUCGGUCAUGGCACUUCUUCGAGACUGUCUUUUACCUCAUCCUAGGUGUUUUCGGAGGUCUCUAUGGCGCCUUUGUCAUCAAAUGGAACCUCAGGUAUCAAGCGUUCCGGAAGAAGUACCUAUCAAAAUAUCCGGUCCUGGAAGCCACUCUCCUAGCUACGGCAACGGCUGUCGUAUGCUACCCAAAUGCGUUCCUCAGGAUCGACAUGACUGAGAGCAUGGAAAUUCUGUUCCUUGAGUGUGAGGGAGCAGAAGAUUAUCAUGGUCUCUGUGAAGCACAGCACCGAUUUUGGAAUAUCGUGUCUCUCUUCAUAGCGACUUUCCUCAGAAUAUUCCUAGUCAUUAUCUCAUAUGGUUGCAAGGUACCAGCUGGUAUCUUCGUUCCAUCCAUGGCUAUUGGAGCAGCCUUCGGACGAAUGGUGGGCACCAUUGUACAGGCUAUACAUGAUGCUUAUCCGCAGAGCGCUUUCUUCGCCGCCUGCGAGCCUGAUGUUCCUUGCAUCACUCCAGGCACAUAUGCCUUCCUCGGUGCUGCUGCAGCGCUCAGUGGCAUCAUGCAUAUCUAUGUCUCGGUUGUUGUCAUCAUGUUCGAGAUCACUGGCGCCUUGACAUACAUUCUACCAACAAUGGUAGUCGUUGGUGCCACAAAGGUGGUCAGCGAGAUGUUUGGAAAAGGAGGUAUCGCUGACCGCAUGAUCUGGUUCAGUGGUUUCCCAUUUUUGGACAACAAGGAAGAGCACAAUUUUGGUGUCCCUGUCUCAACAGCUAUGACUACCGAUGUUGAAUCUAUUCCUGCUAAGGGCCUCACGCUUAAGACCGUGGAACAGCUGCUGUCAAAUGACAAAUAUCAAGGAUUUCCCAUUGUCGAAAACGAGCACAAUAAGAUUCUGCUGGGCUACAUUGGCCGUACGGAGUUACGAUAUGCUGUUGAUCGGGUCAAGCGAGAGAGGUCGUUGAGCCCUCUAGCGCAGUGUAUAUUCUCUGCCUCAUCUCAGAAUGCGCAGACACCAAUGACACCUAUGGUCAGCGUCAAUGUUGAUCCGAUGUCAUCUACUACUAUAGACUUUAGUCGCUAUGUCGACAAUACUCCGGUCACCGUACACCCGCGUCUACCGCUAGAGACUGUGAUGGAGCUAUUCCGCAAGAUCGGCCCCCGCGUUAUCCUAAUUGAAUAUCAUGGGGAGCUCACUGGACUGGUCACAGUCAAGGACUGCUUGAAAUAUCAGUUCAAGGCUGAGGCAGCAGAGAAUCCGCGUGAUGAACGCCACCUCCUGGAGACACAAGAGAGGUUGUGGGGUUUCAUGGCACGGGCUGCUGGCUGGGUAUCAGACAAGGUGCACAGCGUGUCCGGGGGUCGAAUACGACUUCGUGACUCUUUUGAUGGCCGAGAUGGGCCGAAUCGGACUGACCCGAUCUUGGACGGCACUGAAGAGCUGGCAGAGGACGAAGGUGUUGAGCUAGAGAAUAGGUAA